AUGAAAGCAUAUAUAUGCUUUCAUGUAUAUUUUAUUGUUAUACGCGUGUGAUUACAGUACUGUCGAGAUUUCUUACCACGACCACCAUGUAUAUUGGCUAGGUAUCGCCUGGAUAUCUUCAUGUACAGACCCCCUCACUCUCCAAUAUUCAAAGACACGAAUUGAAUCUUUUGUGGACGUAAUGACUUCUCAGUUCGAGCAUUUGUUUGCGGCUACAGUUUUAGACGUGGUCGUACCGAACACCUCCUUGGAAUUCCCUCCAUCCCAACUUGCCACGGACGAAUGGCUCGAUAGUCUGCGAUCUGGUACUCUGGGCGAUAGACGAGAGGCCUUUUUUGAUGAACACAUUCAAGCUGUUCUUACAGCUCGUAUACCACAUCCAGAACCCGAAAAUUCUCCCGUUGACCCUCCUCACACCCUCCUCUCUUUUCUCGCGCACUUUCAAGUGUCUCUGGAAGCCUCGUAUAUCUCGCCUACGCCUGACAUCACAGACCAUCCGAACACUGCUACGCCUCGUACAGAUGUACCUCCACGUUCAGUUUCGUUGAAAGGGAAGAAACCCAUGGCUCUCAACUUAUCCCCCAAUCCGUCUCCGAAAGUACCCCCACAAAGUGUUCAUCCUCCAAUACUACCGCCAGCUACACCUAUUCCCACACCUGCCUCUGCUGAAACCGAUCGAAGAUACGCUCAGAGUGAGGGUGUUAUGCUAUGUACCCGGAUAUGGGGUGCGGAAGGACCGAGCACCCUUGGCGACGAAGGCGACGAAGCGACGGAAAAUCCAGAUUCGAAACAAGAAACCGUGGAAAUGACAAGAAAUCAAGCAAAGCCACAGGAAGAUUUCCAUCUGAUUUGGUCGGAGAGGGAAAACGUCUGGGUUGCAGCGUACAAAAUUGUCUUUACUGUCGCCUAUCUUCGAUUGCCAUUCCGGCUACCAGCAGGUGUCUCUCCCCUUCUUUGCAUAACCCUCUCGACUACUUUGCGAGAUCUUCCCGUUGCCGUCAAUGGACCCAAGAAUCCUCUAGCUCGCUACAUUUCAACGAUAGGGGGAAACCGUUUAACCGUACCCUCUUCCUCACCGAUUGUCCCCAGCGCCCCAAAUCUCUCUUCACAACCAGAAGUUUCAGCUCCCAAAGGUGGUCUCGGAGAAGUCAAUCUUCUCGGGGCCUUAUUUUCAGUCCCUUCCGCUCUUCAAUCGCCUGUUUCACCGAGCUCAACACCUGUAAUCAAUCCUCCUGAGAGUCAACUGGUUCUCCCCAGCACUCGACUAGGGUCAUCCAUGCGAUCGUCUCUGUUUUUUCUCCCAUCUACACCCGCCGGCCUACCCCCAUCGCCACUGUACAGUCCCAUGCAAACACCUGGCGGUGGACUAAAACCCGCUUCCCACCCGACUCUCAGAAAGAGCUUCCGUAAGACGUUGUUCGCGACAAGCGGGUUCAAAGUGAGAAUGAGAACAGUAUUUGUUCCUUCUUUAACGAUAGAUGCAGAGCAGGACGAAGGAUAUCUUUCAGGUGAUGGUGUUGAGAGAAAUGAUGGGAAGAAUAGGUCCGAGGAAGGUGAUAAGGAAGAACAGGACGAGCCUUCUUCCGGUUCUGAGGAGGGCACCGUCGUUCUCUGUGUUGAGAUCGAGAAUGAACAAGAUCAUUUUUCGAAGUCAAGUGAUUAUGGAGGACGGAAUGCUGGUGGAUUUCUCGUUGAGCGCGUCGAAGUCAGCAUUGGCGGUGGCGAGAGCGAAGGGGCUAGUGCACACCUGAUUGGAUGGGGUGCAGAUGCCUUGUUAUCGUUGAAGAGAAAGAAGGCAACAGUCGAUAACAAUUUUCCUCUCCUUCUCACUCCACGAGAACAGUUCAAUCUUCUAUAUGCCGUGACGUUCUUACGAAGUCCAGAGGAAGUUGAUUACAUGUCCACCCUAUCAAUUGAAGGAAGAAGCGCCGGUCUGAAAUUGGGAAACAAGGCAUUAGCCCAAGCAGCCGGUGGGAAGGACAUGCUUCAGAGGUCAGUCACACUGAAGAUAUUUGGAAGACCCAGUUACGUUUCUCCAUCUGAAACGGAAACAUCUUUUUAUCCUACCUCGACGUUCUGUACGCGCUGGAAUUGUAUCUUGGACCUCUCGACGACUUCGUUGAUAGACCGUCGUGCCGAAGAUGACUCGAUGGAAUCCACUCCCACAGCUAACCCGAACCGUCCUUUCAGUACCUCUGCUCCCUCUGUUUUACCUGAACCUGCAUCUCCUUUUCCAGCCUCCAUAACGUCUCCUCGUUUACCGCCGUCGAAUGUUGGGCCUCUUAUUGCUGGUGAUGCCCGGCGUGCCUCGUUUGGCACCCUAUCAAAAAGUGGAACAUCUUCACGGUCGUCUACACCCGCUUACGCAAGUUCCAUCGCUGACAGCCGAAGGCACACAGUUGCGGGUGCAGGUAUCACAUCUGGGGCUGCUGGCCUGAUUAAAGCGGCCACUGCUGGUGCAAGAAACUCAUUUGCGCCAGGAAUGUCAUCCCCUCCUCUACCAGAGAGAAGAGAUGGGUUCCCUGGUGUCCCACCACAACGGGAACGCCGUGAUUCUGGACCGAGAAGUUCUCCGUUGUCCUAUACACCGCCAUCCACUGUUCUUCAAACUCAAAUACCUCGAUCACCGACUACCUACGAAGCACCUCCUCUGCCCCCAUUCAAAGAUAGAGCUGGGAAUCUCACUGUAUCAGUACCAGGCCCAUCAUUGGACCAAGUGAUGAUGGGCCACAUGCCACCAGUAACACCUGCAUACCCUGCAUACCCGACACAUGCAAGCCCGAAUCAAUCACCGCUACCGCCCACGCCCAAUUUAGGCCCUUAUAUACCUCAGGGUGGAGCCAACGUUUCUCCCGGUUAUGGUUCGUAUUCAGGACCCAGUGUCGAAGUGCCUAGAGACAAAGGAUUGAUGAUGGGUUCCAGUCCUGGAUACUCGCCCCAAACGCCUACCCCCCAUGUCGGGUUCGGUAAUGGUGGUGCUCCUCCGGGAAUAUUCGAUGGCGGUGGAGGCGUUGGAUUGAACAUGAGUCGUUUGGGUGGAGGGGUAGCGGAUCCAAUCGUUGUUUCUAUUGGACUGAUUCACAAGGGGAAGUCAACCGAGACGGGGAAGAUACAUCCGUCGGAUAGAUUUGCGUUGAACAUCUUUGUGUUCAACAAGUCAAGUUGGACGAGAAGGUUUGAUGUCAGCUGUCCGGAUCCGAGGAUGCUGAGAAAGAACGAGGAAAGGCUGGGGAGUCUUAGGAAGAGCUUUGAAAGCGGGAGAGCAACGGCGUUGCCUGGUGUUGUACCUCUGGAGAAUCGUGUCAGGAUUGGGUACGUUGGAAUUUGCGUCUUCUUCAGAGUACCUUGGGAAUCACAUGGUCCUCAUAUAGCCCUCUUCACCCCUCUGCUUGCCAAUCUGUGGGAAUAGAGUUUUUGGCUUUAGCGCCGGGAGUGCACUCCAUUGAUACCUUGACACUGACGGAUGUUGAAACCGGAUUUUCGAUGAACUUGAGGUCGGUCAUGGAUAUUGUGGUGCAUGAGAAUUACGACGACAUGAGUUAGCAUACUUAAACUGUCUUAGUGACAUAGUGGCUUGGGUGAAACUUACUGGAGAAGAUGAGAAACGACAGGACCGGGGAAUGUAAUGCCUUUCCGAUUCCGACUAGAACGGUGUGUGUAUGCUACUAAGGAAUGAGAACAAGACACUCGACACUCUCGUUGAGGGAGGUGGUGAUGGUCCGGUCGACGACGCCGGCUCGCGAUUCUCCAUCCC